CCACGAUCUCGCCUCGAGCACGCUUUGUGAGCUGCAUGGCUUACCCGGGUAAGAUCGACCGCCGCAGGAGACGUGCUUCGGACGUGAAGCCUCGCUCUUCACUUGGCGAUGAGCGUACAUGCUUCAGAGCCACGCCAUCAUCGUCAUGAGCAGCUCGGAAGUACUUGGUGACACUUGAAUCGCCUACGGCGUGCAUCGCCACAGUCACGCAGCUACACAGCUCAGACGCACAUCGCGCCUUGAAGGCUAUCCACAUCUCCUCCAAGCCCGGCCCUUGGCCCGAUCGCAUCCGCUCGUUAUGGCGCAAAGACUUGAUCUGAAACUGUCGCGGCAAGGAUUGUACAUCCACUGCCCUCGUUCGUUGGCUGCUACAGAGCAAGAGGCAGCAUCGCUUCACGCCGCCUCUAGCACGUCCACCAACAGGACUUCGUCGGACCGCGCGCCUAUCGAGGGUCAUUUGUCAUUCACACUGCCAGUUGCGAGCAUCGUCAGCACGCUCCGCGUCCGUCUGGUUGGCAUACAGAUUCCAAAAGUGGCACUGGUCAGAGAAUUCGACCAUCCGCCUCGCGCUGGAGAUGCUGGAAGGCUGGUCUUGAGUUCGCGCGCCAGACCAGCUAACGUCAUUUGUCAGACGGAUGCCCAAAUUCACUACGUAUUCAUUGACAAGCCAUUGAUCAAGCCCGAAAACCAGAAUCUCAAGCUUCAAAAGGGCGAGCACAUCUUUGCCUUUACUGUGACUCCUCCUAGAUGGGCUCCUCCGACGCAGUGCAACGGGUACCAGUGGAUCACCUAUGAGGUCAUUGCUACGGUCGUCAGCAGCUCUGAUCCCAGUCCGAACGCAUCACUGGAGCCCUUAUGGACGGCGGAUCGUCAGUCAGAGCUAGACGCAAGGCAUGCGGCUGCCUCCGUCGAGGCUAUUCAGGUGCCAGCAUACAGUCGAAGCUUUAUGUCGAGGGGCCUGGGCUGGCUGAAAGCCUCCUCCAGUGAGCAUACAUCGAGCAAGAAAUGUAGCGUGCGGCUCGGCGUCCAUCCUUCUACUGAAGGUCCGUCCCGACUCAACUUUUUAGACCUGAAUCUGCUGCCCUUGAUAGCACGCCCGCCCGGCUUUGAGUGUCGCGCUUCGCUCGAUAGUAUCAAUGCUCGAUUUGGCGGCUGCUUCAGCCUGCGAAUACGUGUGGACCCGCAAGACUCGUCUCCGAAGCCGACUGAGCCUUGCUAUGUCCGCAUAGAACGUGUUGAUCUGCUACUUAGACAAAUGUGGGCUUGGAAUGGACCGAACGCCCAUCUUGCGCCUUUGAGCGUCAGGACAGGAAAAGGGCUGGAGUCGAGCCUGUGCAAGUGGACAAAUCAGUGCGCCAUCCCGGCUGAGUGUCGACAAACGCUCCAGCCGGGCAAACAAAGCAGUCACCGCUACCAUCAUGACUUUCGCCCAGAGUGGAUGCGCCUCGCGCCUGCAGAGUACGAGCUCACCGAGGUUCCAGCUCAACCUCUGCUUGCUACGUCUUCAUCACUCCCGAUCCACGGCACGUCACAUCUGCAUCCAAGCUCAGAUGCUGGAGCGAGCAGGGAGCUUUCUUCCUCAUUCGGUACGCAUGGUCCACCUGAUCCUUAUCUAGACUGCGAGGCCACACCAGCGGAGCUGGCCAGUGGCGGUAGCAGCGAGCCACGCGUGUCGGAAACCCUGAAUGGGAACAGCGAUUGCCACGGACGCCUCGAAGAUCUCCAAAAAUCUGGCAUCGACAGCUCACCGGUGAACAAUGCCAAAUUAGAGAACGUGUGCGGUGGAGCCUCGAUGUCUGUAUGGUUGCAAGCUCUGUUUCCGACACCCCCAUUGGAGGUCGAUGACCACAACGGCGAUUCAACAGGCCCUGCAAAGAAGUGGGAGUGGCAGCCUUCAACGCUCCAGGAGACGAGGAGCGAGAUCAGAUUUUCUCACGAGAUCGAAGCGCGUAUAGAAUGGAGACUAAUUAGCCUUGAGGACGGUGGCUCUGCCGUGGAGCACGAGCCGCAGACGGCGCUGCUCGGCAGAUCUAUCACGCUGGUGGAUGAGGACAUGCGCACAGCCAAUCUGGAGCUGCCGCUGUACUCGGACGUAGUUGCAGCCGACCAAGCUGCUGCUUUGACCACACAGCCGUCAUGACGACCUUGAGCGCUCGAGUGCUCCGAACACGCCAGCUGCAAUAUCCAGCACUAAUACGCCAUCGUUACUUUUCGCAAAUAGCCUCCACGGAUGUGCGAACGAGCUCAUGGUCGCCAGUACCUUGAAAGCAGGCCAUCCAAGUCAGUACCUGUCAGGCCCCCUGGCCAAUCCACCAUCGCUUCGACAUGUUCGAGAUGUUCGAAGUGCGCUCCGCAUGGCGUGCUAAACUAAGCCUACCGCGACAAGAUCCUUGCAAAGAAGUACGGAAUAGCAAUGUAUUCAGUGGACGUGAUACUUCCGUG